AUGGCGGCCGCGAGAAAGGACCCGAAUAAGCCCAGAGGAAAGUCUUCUUCCUAUGCUUUCUUUGUUGCAACCUGCCGUGAAGAGCACAAAAAGAAACACCCAGGGACUAGUGUGAACUUCUCAGAGUUCUCAAAAAAAUGCUCUGAAAGAUGGAAGGUGAGUUGAAAAGUUUGUUGCCUUGAUUUUUAAUUUUACUGUUUUUAAUUAAAGGUAUCAAAAGUUUAAUCCAAGAAGUAAUCAUAACCUGAAAAUAACAAUGUUUCCAGUCAUUACUUGAGAGUAACCAUUUCAUUGACAAAAAAGUAGUUUCCACCACAGUAGGUCAAACAUUUUAUCAUAUAAAUGUUGUUUAAGUAACUAAGAACAACAGUGCCGUACCCCAAAUAAAGGGGAAAAACUUAAAUACGAAAUAGAAAAAUCAAAAGAGAGUAACAAAGGAUGUCAGCAUUUCUCUAGAAUAUACAUUUAAUACACAGUAACUGAAUUAAAGUAAGCAUUUUCACAUUAUCUAGACCAUGUCAAGCAAGGAAAAGCUGAAGUUUGAGGAGAUGGCCAAGACUGAUAAAAUCCGCUACGACCGUGAAAUGAAGUCCUACGUCCCUCCUAAAGGCGUCAAAGGCAAGAAGAAGAAGGACCCCAACGCACCAAAAAGGCCACCGUAAGUCUAGCUACAACGCCCUCUUUCAAAGUAGCAAGAUGUAAUCUCAAAUCAGCUCCUGCAAUAAUUUUUCUUUUCCCCCCAUAGAUCUGCAUUCUUCGUGUUCUGCUCUGAUCACCGUCCCAAGAUCAAGGAGGACAACCCUGGUAUUGCCAUUGGUGACAUUGCCAAGAAGCUUGGAGAGCUGUGGAGUAAACAAAGCGACAAGGAUAAGGCCCCGUAUGCUGCCAAGGCUGCCAAACUGAAAGAGAAAUAUGACAAGGUAUGUGUGUCUCCAUUGCAAUAGUAUUUAUUCAUUGUUUGAAUCCUGUUAGUUUUAAAGAUCUAGUAAGACAUGUUCAAGACAUUUUGAUAAUUUCAUCAUCAGGAGCUCGCCGCCUACCGUUCCAAGUCAGCCCCAGGAAAGGCUGACGCUGGCAAGAAGAGCGGUCCAGGCAGACCAGCUGGCAAGAAGGCGGAACCAAUGGACGAUGACGAUGAUGACGACGAGGACGAAGAUGAUGAUGACGAUGAUGACGACGAUGAUGAGGAUGAUGACUAA